CCCCGUCUCGGCUCCAGCUCUCACACAAUCUUACCUGUCUGAAUGCCGAGCGGACACACCCUGCUUAUCCGUGUCAACCAAUCGCUGCUUGUAGACACUGGCUCUAAGGAGGUGUACUUCCUAUGUUUAGUGAAAGAAGAAUGGGCUAGGCUUAAGCUGAGAGUGGUUACUUGUUUAGCAUUGGGGUCCCGCACAGGCCAGACCGCUCAAAUCGUCCCAAAAAAGGGGAGGGAGGAAGAAGACCUCUGGAGUUUUUUUGGACAUGCUUAGCUUUCUUUCUUGUUGAUUUAUUGCAGAGAGAGGACUAGCCCAGAGGAGUAACUGCGACUGAGAGCAGAGGACAAACUAAGAACGAAGCAAGAAGAGGAGGAGGAGGAGGAGGAGGAGGGUAGAGAUAGUUGUCAAUGUGUUGAGACUUGUUUGGGAAUUUGAAGCAGGAGGGAGGUGAGGAGAGAAGGGCAAAAAACUAGGGAAAGCAAGGAGAGAACUAAGGCGUAAACUUGUAACUUAUAAAAUAACAAGAGCAGUUGAUACGUGGUUUGCAGCAGGAUUUUUCGCUAUGUCUGCUGUGGCACCUCGACAAUGAAAACGCUGGAAGGAAUUUCAGUCUAUUAUGCAAUCCACUGCUUGUGUGCUGAUCUGGAGAGACCAUAGGGGAGCCUAGAUCUCCCCAGAGCAACAGUUCAGACUAUGGGGACACAAAGGCCCAGCUGGAGCGGCUUCGACACCGUGCCUUCUGUAAACACGUCUGACCGCAAGCUUCAAUCAGGUGGGAAAAUCGCCAGGGACCCGAGUCCGAGACCGCCGCGGGCUGUCCAAUUGGAGCGGGCUAGAGAGGAAGAGUGGAGAAGAGAGAGACGACGAGAGACAAAAGAGAGGUACAAAGACCCCUCUGAACGGAAAAGAUACUAUGACAAGGAGAGGAGACCCAAGAAUUCCAAGGAUGAAGAGAGGGAACGCCGGCAAGAAAGUCGAAAUGUACGGCCUUUGUCCAAUAUCGAGAUGGAGAAUGCGAAAGUGGGAGACAGGGGAGUGAGGAAGGGGGAUACUUUUCCGAGGAGCGCGGGAGGUCACGGGCCGAUAAUGUUAGCGGUUGCCAUGGAAGCGGAGAGGGAGGAGAGGAGGCGGAGGAGAGAGGAGAGCGAUCGAGAGAGGGAUAGAGAGAAGGUUAGAGAAAGAGAUAGAGAGAGGGAUAGAGAGCGAGAACGACCCAAAGAUAGAGAAGACUAUAGGAGAAAAGAUGAGAGAAAAGAAGCUAGGGAUGAAAGAACGAGGGAUAGAUAUCGGGAGUAUGACGACAGGAGAAGAGGUAUGGAUGGGGAAGAAAGGAGGGAUAAGUAUGCUCCGAGAAAGAACGAUAAGCAACGAGACGAGAUGAGGCUGAGGGACCCGAGGAUGUCCUCACCUGAACGGAGGCGAGACAGAGACACGUACUGGGACAAGGCUCAGAGGAGAGAGGGAAGGAGGGAUACGAGAAGCGAAGGGGAGAUAGACGAAAGAGAGAGGAGGAGGGAGAGAGGGAGGGAGAGGGAUGAGGUGAUGCAUCAGCAUAGCCGGAGCGAAGGAGAGGUGAGGGGUAAAAGAGAGAGGGAUUAUAGAGAUCAAGACAGGUACAGAGAGAAAGAGGACAGACCCAGGAAUAGGGACGAUAGAUAUAGAGAAGAAAGAGAGACGGAAAGGAGGACAAGACCGGAUGCAGCAAAUGAUAGACAGAGGAGGAGAAGUCUAGAUGGAAAAAGACGAGAAGAAAGAAAUAGGGAUAAUGAGGACUAUAAAAGAGAAAGGAGAUCAUCAAGAGAAAGAACCAGAGAGCCAGACAUAAGUAGCCAAUCACAGAGCAGGACGAUGCCAAACCCGGUUAUAAGUCGUCAUGAAUGGAGUUCCGAUAAGUCCAAAGAGGAAAUGGAACAGCUAGAACAAAGCGUAAGGGAGAAAAAGAAAAAAGAAAACCGGAAAAUGUGGCUAGAACCAAGGGGUCCAGCUAGUAAAGACUCAACUUCACUCAGAGAAGACAGAGAGGUUGUUGAAAGAUAUACCGGCGAGGAGACAGAGGAGUUAAGCGUAGAUGGAGAGUUAGAAGAAAUCUGGGCAAACAGGCCUCGGAGUUUUACAGGAAAUUCCGAGGAAAACACAGAGGAAAGCGAAGAAGGAAGUGACGUAGCUUGGACGUUGGACCGAGACCGAAUUCUGUCAGGAGAGGAUGGGUUCGUAACGGUUUCCAGCGGUGAGGAUGGUGAAGAAAGAGAGGAGGAGUUUAAAGACUGCAUGGAAUACUGGGUGGGAGAGAGAGAUGCAAAUCAGGCAUGGACCAAAGAGGAAUCAACGGAUGACUCUUCGGAUACGCAAGGAACAGACACGCCGCCAAAGUUUGUGUUUUGCGUGAUUGGUCAGCCUGAUGAUGAAUUAACAAAGGAAGUUACGCCGGCGCAAAAUAAACUAGAACACGAAUAUGAUGAGGUUAGAGAGACACUGGAGGAGAGGAACAUUUCGAAUGAACAAACUCCUCUAGAUGGCAUAAAAUUUAGAAGCAAUUCCUUUAAUGAAUUUGGGACGAUUAAACGAGAUUCGCAAACGGAAAAACUGCUUUUGGAAUGGAGAGAGAAUAAUAGUGAUCAAAAAGAGGAUGAGGAGGAGCGACUUUCCCUGAUCCCGAGCAACCCCUACGCAGACGUCCCCAUUCAACUGCCUUACGAACAAGUACAAUCCGGUCUGGAAAAAUCUGGCACUCUGACUCCCGAGGAAGAGGAAGCCAUCCGAAUACGACUGAGCGGAGCUUGGACCAUGUCCGAGGAGCCAAAGCGGCAUUCCCAAGCCCCUCACCUGAAAUGGGCCACGAGUGUUGUACGCGAGAUCUUGGGACAGUCCGACGAAAACAUUGACGAUAUAGAAGAAAGAGAAAAAGAAAAGCAAGAUGGAGGGAUGCAGAUUCCUGUAAUAAGAGCAGAUGAUGAACUGGAGAUGGAGGAGGAGUCAUUGGAGAUGGAGGGGUUAAGAGGUAUGGGUCAAGUUGACACGCAUGGUGAUUUGGGGGACGCUAUGCAUGCUGACACACACACAGCAGACAAACAGUUGAACACAGAGACGUCGAACGCGCAGGUAGAGGCGAAAGUUAGCGACGAGGCUAAGCUAGCGGAGCCUGAGCAGUUAAACAGUGAAAAAGAAAUGGACACGUAUCUCAGUGUUAGCAAUAUGCUGUACAAGCCAAGCAGCUGCCCUAGUCUCACUUAUGAAUCAGACGCCUCGGAGAAAGAGGUGUUUACAAGUUCCCCUGUAAAGCAAGAAAAAGAAGAAGAAGAGGAGGAGAAGGUGGAGGAGGAGGAGGAAAGGGAAAGUUUGGAUGUUGUUGUUGUGGGAGAGAUUAAAGGGAAAAGUGGAGUUGAUGAGAAAAAAGAGAAAGGAGGAGUAGGAGUUGGAGGAGCGGUGAACCUAAGAAGCAGUUGUAGUUUUCGAGAUUUGGGCACAGAGGCGCGUUUUAGGAGAAGGGGAAUCCGCUUAACGAGAAGAAAAGAAGACGACGUUAAAGAGCAGAAUGAAGAAGAAGAGGAAGAAGAGGAGGAGAGUGAAGGUGUGGGGAGAGAUCGCAGAACCAGAAUAUUCUCAACAUCAGAUGAUGAGGACGGUCGGAGCAAAAGCUGGGGAGAGCUGGAUCUGAGGCACGUAUUGGACAACAUUGGAAAACGAAAAAGGAACUCCAAGUUUUUCAAAGCAGCCCAGCUCUACCAACAGUACAGCGAAGCCGCCCAGAACUUUGAAAUCCUCCGUCAGGCUCGUUCCGACGUGGUGUCUGUCUGCGAAGGCCACUCCCCCCCUGGCACCUCCCCGCUGCCCGCUCGGAGACCCCUGCCCCCUCUGCCCAACGUCCCUCACCCUCACUCCCUGUCCAACACCGGCUCGGUCUCCAGCGUCCAGAACCUACCCCUGCCGCAGCCCCCCGGCCACGCCCAGCGCAGGGCCUCGUCUCCGCGCCUCUCCAUCUCACUGGGGCAGUCGGCCACGCUCUGGAGGGACCUACCCGCUGUCAGGACCGACGCAGAGUUACAAGAGCUCACGGAGGACCAGAGACGGCUGCAAGAGGUGCGGUUUGAGGUGGUCACUUCGGAGGCGUCCUAUUGCAGAAGUCUGGACAUUGUUGUUGAGCACUUUGUAAAGUCUAAACAGUUGGGGGCGCUGUUGACCACUCAGGACAGAAACUGGCUGUUCUCCAGACUCUCUGAUGUUCGGGCCAUCAGCCACAGUUUUCUGUCCAAACUCGAGGAGAAGGUGGAGUCGGACAUCAUGCACUUCACCGUGUGUGACGUCAUCGCCCGUCACUGUCAGCGCUUCAAAAUGGUUUACGUCCCCUACCUGACCAAUCAGUCCUACCAAGACAAAACCUACCAGAGACUCAUGAAUGAAAACCCGGGCUUCAGGCGUGUGGUGGAGAAACUGGAGCGUAAUCCUGUGUGUCAGAGACUUCCACUGAGGUCAUUCCUGGUUUUGCCGUUUCAGAGAAUCACACGGAUCAAACUCCUGGUGCAGAACAUAGUGAAGAGGACGACUCCAGGGACUCCUCAGGCCAUACAAGCGAUCAAAGCCUUAAAACUACUGGAGAAGUUAAUUCAAGAGAGUAACGACAGCAUCACUCAAAUGAAAAGCAUUGAGUCACUAGUUUCUUUGAGCGCCAAAGUGGACUUCGAAUGCAAGACCCUCCCUCUGGUGAGUCAGUCUCGGAUCCUGGUUCGUGAAGGGAAAGUCACAGAACUCAUGGAUUUCUCUGUGAAGGAACAAGAGAGGAGCUUAUAUUUGCACUUGUUCAACGAUCACUUACUGGUCUCCCAACAAAAAGAAGGAGGCCGGUUCACGGUGAUAGACACGUGUCCGGUGUCUGAGCUCCGCGUGGAAAACUUCAGGAUCAAACUGCACUCGCUCCAGAAGAACGUGUUCAGACUGCACACAUCCCACAAGUCCCUGCUGCUGCGCACAGACACACAGAGCGAUAAACUGCGAUGGAUAUCAGCCCUGUCACGACCACAUCCUGAAGUCGACUUUUCCACCGCUCAAGAUUUUGCACAGAUGCAGUGCAUACGAGGUUUUGUCAGUCAACAACCAGACGAGCUGUCCCUAGAGAAAGCAGACAUCAUUUUAGUUCAUCAACAGAGCAGCGACCAUUGGGUUGAGGGGACCAGAUUAUCCGACAGGCAGCGUGGUUGGAUCCCAGAGUCACAUUUGGACACCAUCAGUAUUCUCGAAAUCCGACAACGCAACCUUUCCGACGCUCUUAAACUCACCACAGCAACAGCUCAAGUUUGAACUGUGGGACCAACCUGUACUUGACAAAAGACACUUUCAAAUGCUAAAGAUUAACCAUUACGGAAACAUAUCUUGUGGAAAUGACUUUUAUAAGCUUUUAACCAUGUUAUAAUGGUUUCCACUGUCUUCUCAUAAGCUUAAAGUUGUAUUUUGAUGUCUGUUGGAGAAAUCCAUGGAGUAUUAUCCUGCAUUCUAAGUUUGAGUGCUUGGAAAAUUCCUGUUUUCACCUACCCCCUAUCCCCGCCCACAUCCCUCUGCUCACUUUCUAGAUUCUCUGAACAAUUUUGACUCAGGGUUAAAGGGUUGCCAAAUGUUCUGUUUCCAUUUUUCACAAAC